AUGGAUGAAACUACACCCAAGUACUCCAAGAGUAGGUUUGAUGAAAUUGUGAAGAAAGUUCCAUCCUACAAGAAGAAGGUUGGCUAUAGCCCAAAUAAAAUUCCAUUUGUUCCCAUCUCUGGUUUUGAGGGAGAUAACAUGAUUGAGCUCUCUACAAAUCUUGACUGGUACAAGGGUCCAACUGUUCUUGAUGCUCAUGACGCAAUCACUAAGCCAAAGAGGCCAUCAGACAAGCCCCUUCGAUUACCACUUCAGGGUGUUUACAAGAUGGUAGGAAUUGGAACUGUGUCUGUGGGACAUGUUGAGACUGGUAUCAUUAAACCUGGAAUGGUGGUGACUUUUGCGCCAACUGGACUUCAAAGUGAAGUUAAGUCUGUGGAGAUGCAUCAUGAAGCUCCCGCUGAGGCCCUUCCCGAUGACAAUGUAGAAUUUAAUGUUAAGAAGUUGCUGUCAAUGAUCUCAAGCUCAAGAUAA